GCGCGGAGCUUCCUGUUUCCGGCGAGAGGACGUGAGUGAGUGUUUACACCGGCGGCCCUGCGGCCGGGUUCCUUCCGCGGGACGGGGAGAAAGAGAGAGCGCGAAAGAGAGAGGAUGUCUCUCUCAGAUUGGCACCUGGCGGUGAAGCUGGCUGACCAGCCACUUGCCCCCAAAUCUAUUCUUCGGUUGCCAGAGACAGAGCUUGGAGAAUACUCACUGGGAGGCUAUAGUAUUUCAUUUCUGAAGCAGCUCAUUGCUGGCAAACUCCAGGAGUCUGUUCCAGACCCCGAACUGAUCGAUCUGAUCUACUGUGGCCGGAAGCUAAAAGAUGAUCAGACCCUUGACUUCUAUGGCAUUCAGCCUGGGUCCACAGUCCAUGUUCUGCGCAAGUCCUGGCCUGAGCCUGAUCAGAAACCGGAACCUGUGGACAAAGUGGCUGCCCUGCGGGAGUUCCGGGUGCUGCACGCUGCCCUGCACAGCAGCUCCUCCUACAGGGAGGCGGUCUUUAAGAUGCUCGGCAAUAAGGAAUCUCUGGAUCAGAUCAUUGUGGCCACCCCAGGCCUCAGCAGUGACCCCAUUGCUCUUGGGGUUCUCCAGGACAAGGACCUCUUCUCUGUCUUUGCUGAUCCCAACAUGCUUGAUACGUUAGUGCCUGCUCACCCGGCUCUGGUCAAUGCCAUUGUCUUGGUUCUGCACUCGGUGGCAGGCAGCACCCCGCUGCCGGGGGCCGACUCCUCUUCCCGGGGCAUGCCCUCCAGCUCGUACCGGGAUAUGCCAGGUGGCUUCCUGUUUGAAGGGCUCUCUGAUGAUGAGGAUGACUUUCACCCAAGCGCCAGGUCCACGCCCUCGAGCAGCACACCCAGCUCCCGCCCAGCUUCCCUGGGGUACAGUGGAGCUGCCGGGCCCCGGCCUAUCACCCAGAGCGAGCUGGCCACCGCCCUGGCCCUGGCCAGCACUCCGGAGAGCAGCUCUCACACGCCAACUCCUGGCACCCAGGGCCAUUCCUCAGGGACCUCCCCAAUGUCGUCCGGCGUCCAGUCAGGGACACCCAUCACCAAUGAUCUCUUCAGCCAAGCUCUACAGCAUGCGCUGCAGGCCUCCGGACAGCCCAGCCUUCAGAGCCAGUGGCAGCCCCAGCUGCAGCAGCUGCGUGACAUGGGCAUCCAGGAUGAUGAGCUGAGCCUGCGGGCCCUGCAAGCCACCGGGGGGGACAUCCAAGCGGCCCUGGAGCUCAUCUUUGCCGGAGGAGCCCCAUGAACUCCCUGCUCCUCCUGAGCCCCCAGCAAACUGCCAAGGCCGCUGCCCAUGGGAAGCACUCUUGAAGGUGCCCCAUCCCUCCUCUCCCCAAUACAUCUGAUGGUCGACCUUCUGCUUUGCCCAGUGCUUGGCCUUUCUGGCUGAUCUGAGCUGGUAGAGGCAGUGGGGCAAGCAUGGUGUGCAGGUUUUUGUGCCGUGGCAUCAGGGAGCACAGCUGGCCCCUGCUUCUGGGCCCUGGGUAGAGAAUUUUAGAUCCAUGUCCUGAGAUGCUGCGUGAUGCCCACACUGGUUUUUUGGCAGAAGUUUCCAGUGAUAGCCCCCAGAGCCUUUGGUGCUUUGGGUGUGGCAUCCUCAGGAUGUGCCCGAGGACUGCUGCCCAGUCUCCAUGUGGCUGCUGUGUUACAGCUGUGGCCAGAAGAGGCUGUGCUUCUGACGUGACCGGUCUCAGGAGGGGCCAGGUGGACUUCCGGGGCAGCAGGUCGGGGAAGCUCACCCUCCACGUCGCUCCCUCUUCCAAAGGCUUUCAAAAGAUUCCUUGUCCCUCCCCUGGCCUAGUCUCACCAGGCACUCUUUGAUGCCUGUUCUGUAAUGAUGCCAGAAUCCAGGCCUCAGAGCUGUGCCAGGAGGCAGGGCCCUCUUCUCUCUCCUGAAGGUGUAAAUACAAGAGCAGUUAAAUAACAAUACUAAACAACAACACCAACACAAACAGGACCCAGCUUUCAUACUGAAGAGAGGGCACGAACCCCCAAGCUGCUGCUCCAUCUGCCCGAGCUCUCGUUCCCCUGGCACAGUGUUCCCUGGCGCAUCGCAGACAUGUCCAAGUUGAGCGAGUGGGUUUCACGUGCUUUGAAUACUUUGUCAUGAAGAAAA